GGACCCGAACGCGUCGACGGAAGCCGUGGCGAGCCCCCAGCGCCUCGCCGAGGGCUUCCAGCUGCUCUUUGACGAGUCCCAGAACCUGACGCGGGGGUGGAUGGUCGACUACGCGCCCCUCAACUGCUCGUAUCUCAACUGGACGGAGGGGAUGAACAUGAGCAACUGCACAGGAGAGGUGUUCGAGGGGCGGGUGUUCCCCCUGCUGAACGAGACCGUGCAGCUGAUCACCCUGAUCUUCCUGGCGGUGGCCUUCGUGCUGGGCCUCUGCGGCAACACGCUCGUCAUCUACGUGGUGGCGAGGUUCUCCAAGAUGCAGACGGUGACCAACCUGUACAUCCUGAACCUGGCCGUGGCGGACAUCUUGUUCGUGGUGGGCAUCCCGUUCCUCAUGGCGACCACCGUCAUGGAGUACUGGCCCUUCGGCUUCGUCAUGUGCAAGCUGUUCAUGAUCACGACGUCGCUCAACCAGUUCACCAGCUCGCUCUUCCUCACCAUCAUGAGCGCCGACCGCUACAUCGCCGUCUGCCACGCCAUCAGCGCGCCCAAGUUCCGCACGCCCAUGAUCUCCAAGCUGGUGUCGCUGACGGCGUGGAUGAUCUCGGCGCUGAUGAUCAUCCCGGUGUUCAUGUACUCGAACAUCCUCAACGACCACAACGACCAGGCCAGCUGCAACAUCUACUGGCCGGACGCGGUCGGGGUCAACGGCCACACGGUGUUCACGCUGUACUCGUUCAUCCUGGCCUUCGGCUGCCCCUUCGCUUUCAUCUUCAUCUUCUACACGCUGGUCAUCCUCAAGCUCAAGAGCCUCGGCCGCAAGUCCAAGUCCAAGAAGCGCAAGAACCACCGCAAGGUCACCAAGCUGGUGCUCACCGUCAUCACCGUCUACGUGCUGUGCUGGCUGCCCUACUGGGUGCUGCAGCUCAUCCUCACCUUCAGCAUGCCCCGCCAGGUGCAGAGCCGCGUCAUGAUCAUCUUCUUCCUGGUCUCGUCGUCGCUCUCCUACAUCAACUCCGCCAUCAACCCCAUCCUGUACGCCUUCCUCAGCGAGAACUUCAAGAAGAGCUUCCUGAAGGCGUGCACGUGCGCCGCGCAGAAGGACGUCAACAACGCGCUGGCGGCGGAGAACUCCAUGUUCCCGCGGCGGCGCGGCGGCUCCACCAAGCCCACGGCGACCAAGACCCGCGACAUCGAGUCCAACGACGCCCACACGCACGUCGCCGUCAGGGAGGACGGCGACAUGCCCCUCUCCGCCGCCAUCCGCCGCCCGCUGGUGCCCAGGGACGACGCCUUCGUCAACGGAAGGCCCCUCACCACGCACCUCUAA